UGUUAAAACGAAAAAGACCAACAGCUUCAGCAAAUGUACAACUUGUGUGACAUUAGAAAGGCUAAUGAGCAAAACCACCUCUUUCGAGAUGCGUGCUUUCUACAAGAAAAAGAAAGAAGAGCAUAAUAUUCGUCAAAUGUUAGAAAGGAAGUACUAUUACAACAAAAAGACCAGGCACAACGCAAUCCAAGCCAGCACAUGUCCAUAAUUAUCGAUGGUAUGGAUCAAGCAAAGACCAAUUUGCCACAUUUUGCUGGGAGGAACCCAAAGAAUCUGCAUGCAGUGGAUCUUCUGCAUACUCAUGUCACUGGAGUGCUAAGUCACGGGCAUGGAGGGUUUCAUGCCUAUGUGGACAUUAAUGAAUAUCCUCAUGAUCCCAACUUGACAAUCAACAUCAUACUUAAAGAGCUACUACGUCAAGCCAAGGCAAAUAACAACUUCCUGCCUCCAAAUUUGUUUAUCCAAGCAGACAACUGUUGGAGGGAAAAUAAGAACCGUUAUGUAUUUGCAUUUCUGGAAUUGUUAGUGGCAGAACAGGUUUUCCAUGAGGUUCAUAUGUCCUUCCUUAUUGUUGGCCACACGCAUGAAGACAUUGAUGCAAAAUUUAGUGAGGUGUCCAGGCUGUUAAAUACUAAAGAUGCUGAAUAUUUUGAUGACUUUUUAAACGUUUUGAAAAAUGCAGAGCGUAUCACACAAUUAUUUGAUGUUAAGUCAUGGAUUGAGGGUGAUUUGAACAAAGCUGACCACAUCACCCAACCUUUGCACUUUAAAUUUGUUUCUGUGGACGGUGGUGUAAAAGUGUUUUAUAAAGGGGUUCAAUCUCAGCCGUGGUCAGCCCUUAAUGGGAACUUUUUGAAUAAAGCCCCAAGUGGAAAGCCAGAAAUAUUGAAGCCAAAUUUUAGUAAAAUUGAAAUAGAUAAAAAUGUUAAACAAAUUAAAGCUCUGAAACUAAUUUUCAAAAAGCAGGAUAGUACACAAAAGUGGCUAGACUUUUACGAAUCGCUCAAUUCCAACAUGGACAGUUUAGAUUCUGGAGUACCGGUAUUUCCUUUAACACUGCUACCAAGACAACCUAUAAGGCAGUCCUUUCCACCAGGACAAGGAAUGGUUCCUGAAGUUCGUGAACUGAUUGAAAAGGAAAACAGACAGCCAUUGGUACAGAUAAAAAAGCGAAAAACUGGAGACGAAGCUUCUGACCUCAGGGUUGCCAAAAAGAAGAAUGAUAACACUUCUGGUGGGAAAGGGUUUGGCAAAAGGAAGAGAAGAUUUAUAUAUGACACAACACUGUGCAGAUCACGACUGGUCAUGAUUACAGAUGAAGAAAGGAAGAAACAUCUGUGGAUAAAAUUCUUGAUGGACCUGUAUACUUCAUUUAUGCAGUAUAUGCACAUCUUGUUGCUCAUUUUGUAUGUGUUCUGCUGCCUUUUUGAAGGAUAUAUUUUGUUUAUUUUAAGGUUAUUGCAAGAACUUCUGCGUCAAUCUUUACUAGAACACAUGGGUUUAUUCCAACCCAGAGUUUCAUUUUAUGGUGAAAUUGGAUCAGUCAAUUAAAUUUGUUUUAGCAAAUAUACGUCUCUGGUGGGCAAAAAUAAGACACUAUUAUUGAGGUGUAGUGUUUAACAAUUUGUAUCCAGUCAAAUGUUCCUUAUUUCGCCAGUUGUCUUUAUAAUCCCCCGAAAGUAUUGAGUGAGAUGUCCUUUAUAAGCUAUUGUAACUGUACAUUUGUUCAUGUGCAUUUUUCUACCAAUUUUCGAUUUCGGUUUAGAAAUGCUUUGUAUGAACUUGUCUUCACAUAAAAAUGCUUUAUUAUGUCCCCCUUCGAAGAAGAGGGGUAUAUUGUUUUGCUCAUGUCGGUCCGUAUGUCCGUCUGUCCACCAGAUGGUUUCCAGAUGAUAACUCAAGAACACUUAGGCCUAGGAUCAUGAAACUUCAUAGGUACAUUGAUCAUGACUCACAGAUGACCCCUAUUGAUUUUGAGGUCACUAGGUCAAAGGUCAAGGUCACGGUGACCCGAAAUAGUAAAAUGGUUUCCGGAUGAUAACUCAAGAAGGCUUAUGCCAAGGAUCAUGAAACUUCAUAGGUACAUUGAUCAUGACUCGCAGAUGACCGCUAUUGAUUUUCAGGUCACUAGGUCAAAGGUCAAGGUCAUGGUGACCCGAAAUAGUAAAAUGGUUUCCGGAUGAUUACUCAAGAACUCUUAUGCCUAGGAUCAUGAAACUUCAUAGGUACAUUGAUCACGACUCGCAGAUGACACCUAUUGAUUUUCAGGUCACUAGGUCAAAUGUCAAGGUCACAGUGACCCGAAACAGUAAAAUGGUUUCCGAAUGAUAACUCAAGAACGCUUAUGCAUAGGAUCAUGAAACUUCAUAGGUAAAUUGAUCAUGAAUCGCAGAUGACCCUAUUAAUUUUCAGGUCACAAGGUCAAGGUCAGGUGACUUGAAACCGCAAAAUGGUUUCCGGACGAUAACUCAAGAAUGCUUACACCUAGGAUCAUGAAAAUUCAUAGGUUCAUUGAUCAUGACUGGCAGAUAACCCCUAAUAAUUUUCAGGUCACUAGGUCAAGGUCACAGUGAGUCGAAACAGUAAAAUGGUUUCCUGAUGAUAAAUCAAGAAUAAUUAGGCCUAGGAUCCUGAAACUUUAUAGGUACAUUGAUCAUGACUAGCAGAUGACCCCUAUCGAUUUUCAGGUUACUAGGUCAAGGUCACAGUGACAAAAACUAAUUCACACUUUGGCUGCCACUUCAACUGACAGCCCAUAUGGGGGGCAUGCAUGUUUUACAAACAGCCCUUGUUAAAAUAGAUUUUGUGAAUUUGUGAUUGCUAAUGUUUAAUUUUUAUGUCUCCGAAGGAGGGCAUAUAGUGAUCGGACUGUACGUCUUUCCGUCACACUUUGCGUUUAGGUUUCGCGUUUAGGUUUCAAAAAAUGCUCAUAAAUUCUAUGCCCCUUCACAUAGCAACUUGAUAUUUGGUAUGCAUGUGUAUCUCAUUGAGCUGCACAUUUUGAGUGGUGAAAGGUCAAGGUCAUCCUUCAAGGUCAAAGGUAAAAAAAACAUGUAUCAACGCAGCGCAGUAGGGGGACAGUGUGUUUCUGACAAACACAUCUCUUGUUUUAUGUUCUAUAAUAUGUUUGUAUGUCAGGAGAAACAAUAAAGUUUUGUUUUUACAAUACAUACUAAACUUGUGGCAGAAUUGUUUAGUAAUGAAAAUACAAAUUGCAGCAAUUGCAUCUGUUAAAGAACUUUGAAUGGUUAUAAUUGAUGUAAAGAUUGUUUUAUUGAAAUAUUUCAUUUUUAAAAUGACUUCACAUGUUGAAAAACAUGUUAUGUAUUUUUUAUAAAAAAAUUAAUUAAUUUUAGUUAGUCAUAAAAAAAUAUUGAAUCAUUCACACUCUUUUAUAAAUGUUCUGACCUACUGACUGGUGGAUUGCGAACAUAAUGGUAUACCUUUGUGUGUGUUUGUAUUUAUUAUUACAUGUUUUAUAAUUAAAAAAUAAAUUAAGAAUUAUACAUUUAAAAGUCGUUUACCUUCCAUUUUUUUCAGUGUGAUUUUUUCUGUGUGAUUAUGCAUAUCUGGAAGUGUGUACCGCUGGCUUAACAUUUUCAAAGAAUUUAUCUCUCUAUGUUAUUAUGAACUUUAGGGAGUUUGUACCGCCGGCGUAACAUUUUCAAAGAAUUAUCUGUCUGUGUGAUUAUGAACCUUAGGGAGUUUGUACCGCCAGCGUAACAUUAAGAAAUAUCUGUCUGUGAUUAUGCAUAGUUUGUACCGCCGGCGUAACAUUUUGUCAUUGUAGAGUUUGUACCGCCAGCGUAACAUUUUCAAAGAAAUAUCUGUCUGUGAUAAUGCAUAGUUUGUACCGCCGGCGUAACAUUUUGUCAUUGUAGAGUAACAUUUUCAAAUAUCUGUCUGUGUGAUUAUGAACCUUAGGGAGUUUGUACCGCCGGCGUAACAUUUUCAAAGAAUUAUCUGUCUGUGUGAUUAUGAACCUUAGGGAGUUUGUACCGCUGGCGUAACAUUUUCAAAGAAUUAUCUGUCUGUGUGAUUAUGAACCUAAGGGAAUUUGUACCGCC